UCAAUCGCCUUCCACGUUGCAUCACGGAAAUGCCAAGACAACAGUCUCAAUUCGAUAAACCAUGGAGACCUUAUCGAUAAUUGGACUGUCAACAUGAGCACCGACACCACUGCUUCGGACGAGGGAGUCUCGCCUGCACAGCUGGAAUUUGUUUCGCUGCUCAUCUUGCUCGGCGCCGAGUUCAUCAUAGCCCUGACAUUCUCCCUGCCUUGGUAUUUGUUAAGGCAACUGGAACGCGAACGAGUGGGCGCCUAUCUAGAUGAUCUAGAGGCUGCUAGACGUCCCUUCUCAAUCGAAAACCUAGACCAAGCAGUUCCAGCCCGGCCCUACAACAAAUGGAAAGCCGAAACGAAAGAUGCCGGGGGGUCCGCUGAAGGGUCCUGCAUCUGGUACAAGCUUCCAAACAACCUGCCCAACAUGUGCUUAGGCUCUAACUCCACACCUAGCAUCAUUUGCCUGGAGACGUUGCAGGACACGGACAUAGUCCGUCACUUACCGUGCGACCACAUCUUCCAUUCAAAUUGCAUCACGAAGUGGUUCCUGAAACAGCACGACACCUGUCCGGUUUGCAAACUUUGCUACAUACCUCACAUAGCCAGUAGCUCGAGGCAAUCGUCUGUAGCCGAGAGACGCGAUCCAUCUAGGGUCAGAGAAACUCCUAUAGUUCCAUAACGGGCUUCACCCUUCACUAGGGUUGCAAGAAAAACUACUAACUAGUUAUAACAUGUGAAAGCUAAAAACUAUUGGGUUAGAAUUAAAAUAAGGAAACGAAGAACAUUAUGAUACAGGAAUGACCAACUAUCGGAGUUGCUAAUUUUGCACCAGCGUUGCUUUUUAUUUUACUCUUCAAAAGCUUGCUGUCCAUCCGUCCCCAUCUUGUAAACUGUAUCCACAGCAAAAACACAUCC